AUAAUAAAUGUGUUUACAUUUUAAUAGAAGGGACGACAUUGACCAAAGACCUUCCAUUUGGCUUAUGUAAAUAUCUCUUUAACUUGAAACAAAUAAGCCCAUCUCAUCAUCUCCUACCAAUUCCUUUCUAGUUUUCCUCCAUAACUCCCACAAAUGGAUAUGCUUCCCCAACCCAUUUUUUCAUUCACUUUUGUGUGCAUCAUCACCAUCUUCUCCAUCUUGCUCCUUCUCACACCAUCAUCCAGCGAUCCCUUGCAUGAGUUCAUAGAGUGUAGCCGUUCCGUUUCCUUCGAAUGCGGCAGCCAUGGAACCUUUCACUAUCCUUUUUGGAACGAUAGUACUCCAAAGUAUUGUCGGCCACUUGGAUUCCACAUGAAAGACUGCGAAAAAGAUUUUCCCACUAUAGAUUUCGGUCCAGAUGGUUCAUUCCUCCCGCCUGACGCAGAUCCAUUAGAUUACACAAUGAUUAUUGCUCCAAAGAAUUACAAGACAUAUGUUUGUCCUGAGACCCCACAACAUAGAACUCUACCGCCCACUUUCUUGAAAUUAUCCAAAACCAAUAAAAACCUCACUCUGUUCUAUAAUUGUACUCCCCCACCUCCACCUAAUUGGGUACUACAUGGAAAUAAGAUUGAUGUUUGUGGACCCAAUAACAGCAGCAAACCCUUCUUUACUCAUUAUUCGAGGGAACUUGAGAAGGAUGAUCAUUACAAGUGCAAUACUGUGCAAGUUGCGAUUAGUCAGAUGGUUUUCAACAAAAUUUGGACGGGGGAACUAACCUUGGUUGAUGCUAUGAAACAAUUUUGAUUUGAUGUGGAAUACAACUGUAGUGCGAUUUUCUGUUAUCAAUAUGAGAGCUUAGGUGGGAAAUGCAAAAAAAAUGAUCAGUAUCGAGGUGAAGCAUGCCCGCAUCUUUCAGGUAUGGAUUAUCUAUGCAAAACCUUUUGUUUUUAAUUUGGUGUAGUGCUUAUGGCUUACGAUUGUUCUAUUCUGGCAACUUGCAUUCAACACAAUUGACUCUAUAUUGUAGCUUCUUGGAAACUCAUUGCUUGCCACUGUUUUGGUCUUCUUUGAAUAAGUCAACCUGACUAAC